UUUUUGAACUUGAAAACUACAUUGUUCUUAGACGUUCUAGAGCCACGCCCUAAAGUUGCUGUAACCCGAGUGACGUAGGAGCACAUGCAAAUCAACGUUCAGUUCGAGCAGUUUGUCUCGCCAGAAGGAAGCCUUUAUAAGAGCGCAGCGCUGGUAGUCUUGCUUAUUGUAGUGCAGAGGAUUGUUGUGUAUCUUGCUCUCAAUAUGUCUGGAAGAGGAAAGACUGGUGGAAAAACCCGUGCUAAGGCGAAGACUCGUUCUUCUCGAGCUGGGUUGCAGUUUCCCGUCGGCCGUGUUCACAGGCUUCUGAGGAAAGGCAACUAUGCUGAACGCGUAGGCGCUGGUGCUCCCGUUUACUUGGCUGCUGUGCUCGAGUACCUGACUGCUGAAAUUCUUGAGUUAGCCGGUAAUGCUGCCCGUGACAAUAAGAAAACUAGAAUUAUUCCUCGUCACUUGCAAUUGGCUGUUCGUAAUGAUGAGGAGCUCAAUAAGUUGUUGGGUGGUGUGACUAUUGCUCAGGGUGGUGUGCUGCCAAACAUUCAAGCCGUGCUUCUGCCCAAGAAGACUGAGAAACCAGCUAAAAGCAAGUAAACUUCGGUGAAACGUUUAUCAACACCAACGGCUCUUUUCAGAGCCACC